AUGCUCGUUCUCAGACGAUUUGAUCCUCACUGUGUUGCGCCGCCUCUUUUAGGGGCGGAUUUCCAGGCACUGCGCCACGCCUUGACUCAUCAUAUCCCUUUUCCUCCCCAUCUCGGCAUCCCUCUGCCACUCCCCAUUUAUCCAACCCUCUGUCCUUCCCCAUUUCCUCGUUUCGCAGUCACUCCUCAUAUCCCGUUUCGCCCAGUCCCUCCCCAUUUCCCCGUUCUCCAGUCACUCCCCAUUUCCCCUUUUCACAGUCAGUACCCAUUUCCCCUUCCCUCAAUGCCUCCCUUUCCAUAUCCCUGUUUCUCACUCCCCUUUUCCCCCUCCAUCUGGUCCCUCCCCAAUUCGCCUUCCCUCUGUCCCUCCCCAAUUCGCCUUCCCUCUGUCCCUCCCCAAUUCGCCUUCCCUCUGUCCCUCCCCAAUUCGCCUUCCCUCUGUCCCUUCCCAAUUCGCCUUCCCUCUGUCCCUCCCCAAUUCGUCUUCCCUCUGUCCCUCCCCAAUUCGCCUUCCCUCUGUCCCUCCCCAAUUCGCCUUCCCUCUGUCCCUCCCAGCGUUCCAUCCAUGUCCCCGACUCCUGGUACGUACCUGGUAUGUACCUGGUGUGUGCCUGGUUUUCGCCCGUGCGCCCCCCCUUGCCCUUCUCAUCCCCACUCCCCUUGCCUCCUGUCCAUCCCCACUUCCCUUUCCCCCUGUCCAUCCCCACUCCCCUUGCCCCCUGUCCAUCCCCACUUCCCUUUCCCCCUGUCCAUCCCCACUUCCCUUGCCCCCUGUUCAUCCCCACUUCCCUUUCCCCCUGUCCAUCCCCACUUCCCUUUCCCCCUGUCCAUCCCCACUUCCCUUUCCCCCUGUCCAUCCCCACUUCCCUUUCCCCCGGUCCAUCCCCACUCCCCUAAACCCCUGUCCAUCUCCACUUUCCUUUCCCCCUGUCCAUCCCCACUCCCCUUGCCCCCUGUCUAUCCCCACUUCCCUUUCCCUCGGUCCAUCCCCACUCCCCUAAACCCCUGUCCAUCCCCACAUCCCUUUCCCCCUGUCCAUCCCCAAUUCCCUUUCCCCCUGUCCAUCCCCACUUCCCUUUCCCCCUGUCCAUCCCCACUUCCCUUUCCCCCUGUCCAUCCCCACUCCCCUUGCCCCCUGUCCAUCCCCACGUCCCUUUCCCUCGGUCCAUCCCCACUCCCCUAA